AUGCAUUUUUCAUAUCAUAAAUCGUACAUUCGACUUUGGUGGCGUCGACAAGUUUUUCGUUUUCGGCGUUUAUCACCCAUAUGGUUUGUUAUAAUAUUUACUUGCAUAUUAUUCCUUAUUAUUAUGGUGCCAAAUCCAUUUUCUGCUCAAUAUAGACGAAUUUCAAUUGAUCAAGAUGUUCAUUGGAAGAAUGUCAAAGAAAUAUUAGAAGUUAAAGAACAAAUUUUUCAAAAUGAAACAUUAGUAAAUAAUGUCAAAGUUAUUAAACAUGGAAAUGACCAACGACAAAUUACUUCCACUAUCCUCAUUGUUCUUUACACUACAAUUUUUCGUGAUAAAAAAUUCUGUUCAUAUUCUAUUAAUCGUAUUUUUGGUAAAUCUUGUCCAUCAAAACAUCGUUGUUUAUGGUCAUGUGAUCAUGAAAAAUUUCGUGAAGCUGAUGCAUUGAUAUUUCAUGCUUAUGACAUUCCAUUGUAUCGAGCACCGAUGCCAAGUCGUUCCGAAACAAAACCCGAUUCUGUUUGGAUUCUAUGGUCAGAUGAACCUCCUUCCAUAAUUCAAUAUGCUCUAUUUAAAUCGUAUCAUUUUAAUUGGACAAUAAGUUAUAAACUAAAUAGUGAAGUAUCUAUUGCUACAUAUGGUUUAUUUAGUAAACGAGAUAAUCCAUUAUCAGAUAACGAAUAUCAACAAUGGAUUAGAAAACAAUUCUCGGAUCGAGCAAAUGGUGCAUUAUGGUUUGUUUCAAAUUGUAAUGCAAAAAAACGUUUAGAAUUAUUUUAUAAUUUAAAACAUGCAUCAGAAUUAUUGAUUGAAGGUUAUGGCCGGUGCGUAGAUUAUUAUCCAAUUCAUUUAUGUGGUUCAUCUAGUCAAUGUGAAUAUGAUUAUAUGUCAAAGUUUAAAUUUUAUUUAAGUUUCGAGUCGAAUACAUGCCGAGAUUAUAUAACUGAAAAAUUUUAUAAAGCAUUUUAUUACGGUCUCAUACCGAUUGUUUAUGGACCUGAAAGAAGUGAUUAUAAUCGUGUGGCACCAAAGGAUUCAUUUAUACAUACGGAUGAUUUCGAUCAAGAUAUGAAUAAACUUGCGACUCAUUUAGAAGAAAUUCAUUCGAAUUUAACUGUAUUUUCGAUGUAUCAUGAAUGGAGAAAAAAUUAUGAAAUUAUUAUUGAUGGUAAAGCAUUAGAACGUGUACGUAUGUGUGAAUUAUGUCAGCGAUUGGUCAAUAUACGAAAAGGUGAAAUGAUUUAUUAUGAGAAUAUUGAUAAAUUUUAUAAUGAUAGAUGUGAUUAUAUGUAA